UUGACGAACAUAACAUUAGCCAACAUUACACUCGUAAUCUCUCUCAGGUGGAUUGAGCAGCAACAGUUGCACCAAAUGAAGACGUUGACUAAGACUAUGUUUACAUGGACAGCAAUAAUCUAAUAUUCUGAAUAAGACAAUAUUGUGAUUAAGGUGUUUACAUGAGUUCUUUUUAGAAUAUUCCUUUCAUGUUCCUGUUUUACAUGUUAUAGAACAUAGAUCGAUUAACAGCACACGUCAUUACGUCCCCACGCCAUGCCGUCCGACGUUCCCUCCAGAAUUUCACGUAUCGACAUACAGUUGGUCUUCGUUAUGGUACCGUAUACAGAUUUGGGUGUUUCAUUUUUAAUUUUAAGAAAGCUUCAAGUGCAGUUAAUUAUUUGUCAUGCUGUACAUGCUAAUAGACGACUGCUUGAAGCCGUGGGCUGCGUCCCAAACCACGUACUUACUUACUGUAUAGUAGCUGAUAUACAUGUAUUUCUCCUACUAUAUAGUAGGUAAGUACAUUGUUUCAGACGCAGCCGUGCUCUCUUGUUUACCAUCGAAACGGUUGAGCAUUGCUGUGUGUGUAUGUAUCCUGUCGCAAAAUGCGGUGAAAACUCUCACACAACGUUAAUAGUGUGAUUAAGGUGUGUACAUGUCUGUAAUGCACUUCGAUAAUGCGACUAAAACAGGAAUACUCCACACGGCUUAAUUCCCUUUGUGUUUACUUCGAGUAUGACUUUAGUCGGUUUAAAGUCAUCAGAAAUUGCUGUUUACAUGCUAGUUUCUUAAUCAGAGUAUCGUCUUAAUCGGGUUAAUAUCAGAUUAUUGUUGUCCAUGUAAACAUACUAAAUGUUGAAUAUGUUAAUUUGUUGAAGGCCUGCUGUUAAUGUCUAGGAUCACUCCCAGCUCAGGCGACAGAAGACGUGUAUCUGAUGUUGCCAUUUAAAUCUUUAAAAGAUGGUUUUAAGUACAGAGUUAAAAUGUUCUUCUUUUAACUUAAUCUAUUUGUAAUAAAUAUUGUGUAGUUUUACGUGUGAAAUAUUCUUUUCUGUAUUUGAAGUAAUCCUUGUAAUCAUCUAAAGCCGGGUUCACACUGUACGGUUUUGUCCACGAUUUGGUCUUCUGAGACAAAUUUUCAUAAUCCUGGAAGAUUCCUCUAAUCCUAGACCAAAAUCUGUAGUCUUUGAUCGCUAGUUUAACAUGUUCUCUGAAAGUCGAUUAACGACUGUUGCGAUCAAAUUUUUCCUCAGAUUAAAUUCUGGCAGUGUCAGAAGAUUUGAGGCACAGUCCUGUAGUGUCUUCUCCUACUCCGUACAAGUCUUCUUGCGUGCGUCUGUUUUUCACAUCUUGACUGUCGUACAGUCUGACAUUAAUGACUGAGAUCCUACAGUGUGACAUGGCUUACGGCGGGGAUCGUGUUCAUAUAGUCUCACAAGCAGCAGGUGCAAAGGACUAUUAAAAAUCACACAGUGUGCACACGGCUUACGUUGUGGAUUGUUUAAAUAAGAAGUCCAUACAGGAUUUCACAGCUGUUUUUUUUUUUUUUUUUUUUUGUUGUUUUUUGUUUUUGUGAUCGUUGCAGCCAAAAAUGAUUGAUCUUGCUGCAGCUUUAAAAAAUUUUUUUUCAAAAUUUGUGAUGCAAUUUGCGAGUUUAGCUUUUUGUGCUUUUUUUUUUCCCUGUUCUUCCAGAAAACUACGUGAAUUGGCGAAAUUCUUUCCCAGUGAUGUUUGUUGAUAAAUGCUGUAUUUUAGCUGUGCUCGUGUUCGACUCGCGUGAAUCGAAGAGGGCUUUGGCUGAAUGCGCGCUGUGAUGUCAAAUCUGUGAAUCUAACUGUGAUGGAGUCACAGAAUCUCACUGAUGACCUCUCGCCAAAGAAGACGACAGUUUUUAAGCUGGGAAAUGGUACUCUGUCUGGCUCGAGGAAACGUCUGUCACGUGCCACCUUUGAGAAGGAGAAGGAGAUGUGUAUCCAGAUGUUCGAGCAGUGGUCCGAGGCUGAUCAGGUGGAAUUUGUGGAGCAUCUCAUCUCACGCAUGUGCCAUUACCAGCAUGGCCACAUCAAUUCUUACCUCAAACCCAUGCUACAGAGAGACUUUAUAACAGCCUUGCCAGCGCGGGGUCUGGAGCACAUAGCGGAGAACAUCCUGUCCUUUCUGGACGCCCGCUCUCUGUGCGCGGCUGAGCUGGUGUGUCGCGAGUGGCACCGGGUCAUCUCUGAGGGCAUGCUGUGGAAGAAGCUCAUUGAGAGGAUGGUGCGCACUGAUCCACUGUGGAAAGGCCUGUCUGAAAGACAUCAGUGGGAGAAGUACUUGUUCAAGAACCGCACAAAUGAAGUCCCACCCAACUCGUACUAUCACUCACUCUACCCUAAAAUUAUACAGGACAUCGAGACGAUUGAGGCCAACUGGCGCUGCGGCAGACACAACCUGCAGAGGAUCCAGUGCAGAUCAGAGAACAGCAAAGGGGUAUACUGCCUACAGUACGACGAUGACAAGAUCAUCAGCGGCCUCCGAGACAACUCCAUUAAGAUCUGGGAUAAGCACACUCUGGAGUGUCUGAAGAUUCUGACCGGUCACACUGGUUCAGUUUUGUGUCUGCAGUAUGAUGAGAGGGUAAUAGUGACCGGUUCCUCAGACGCUACUGUCAGAGUUUGGGAUGCGAAUUCCGGUGAGGUUCUGAACACUCUGAUCCACCACAACGAGGCGGUCCUUCACCUACGUUUCUGUAAUGGCCUGAUGGUGACGUGCUCUAAAGAUCGCUCCAUCGCAGUGUGGGACAUGGCCUCUGCCACUGACAUCAGCCUGCGUCGCGUGCUCGUGGGCCACAGGGCCGCCGUCAACGUCGUCGACUUCGAUGACAAAUACAUCGUCUCCGCCUCAGGAGACAGAACUAUAAAAGUGUGGAGCACUAGUACCUGUGAAUUUGUCCGAACACUAAAUGGACACAAGAGAGGUAUUGCCUGCCUCCAGUACAGAGACAGACUGGUGGUCAGCGGCUCCUCGGACAACACCAUACGAUUGUGGGAUAUUGAGUGCGGGGCAUGUCUGCGAGUGUUGGAAGGCCAUGAGGAGCUUGUUCGUUGUAUUCGGUUUGACAACAAGAGGAUCGUCAGUGGAGCAUAUGACGGCAAGAUUAAGGUGUGGGAUCUGCAGGCUGCUUUGGACCCUCGUGCUCCAGCCAGCACUCUCUGUCUGCGCACACUAGUGGAGCACUCUGGCCGUGUGUUCCGGCUACAGUUUGAUGAGUUCCAGAUCAUCAGCAGUUCCCAUGACGACACAAUCCUUAUAUGGGACUUCCUGAAUGUCUCCCCCAACGGACAGCCAGACGGAGUCCCACAUGCAGCCAGAUCGCCCUCGCGCACCUACACGUACAUCUCCAGAUAGCGGGUACCUUUGAUGUGUGCCAGUGUGUCCUGGGAUAGCUGAGAGCUGAUUGGCUAUGGGAUUUGUCUAUCCCAGAAAAGAGUGAAAGGAACUGCCUCCUUGUUUUCAUCUCUCCGGUCUGAUGGGAAGCUUCUCCAGUAACACUCAAGUUUGCCACAGCAACAUAUUCUCACACCAACUAUGAGCCGACAUGGAAACACUGUCUCUGUUAUACGAUAGCACACAGCACAAUUUUAACGGUUUUGCUCAGCAUUAAAUCUAGAUUCACACUGCAAAUGGCAUUUAGAAGCUUGAAAUGAUGAUAUUUAUUGCCAGAGUAUUGCUAAGACGUUCUUAGAAUAUAAUCUAAGCUCUUUAUACCUGCACUAACCCCCCACAAAAAUCCAUGUGUAUAUAUAAAACACUCUGUCAAUGGACGAUUAACUUUCCCACUUCUCUUCUGAGACUGUUGAAUGGACAGACUGUGGUGUUGGAGAAAGAGAUUCUUAACAAACAUGCCAAGGAGAAUGGAGUACAUGGACUACGUGGACAGACUAGUGAAUUAUUUCUAUCUCUCUUUCUGUCUCUCUGGCCUUGGGCUAGACCAGAAACGCGUACUCUUUAAGCGUAUGAGAGUGACUGCUCUGCGUCGGCAGAACUGAGUUUGAAUUCUCCACCUCGUCUCGUUCUCAUCUUGAGGCUGAGGUGGGCGUUGUGCAUGUGAGACAGUGUGGAAUCCGUCCUCCUGGCUCUGCUUUUUAUUUCUUCUUUUUUGGUUCACUUUCAGAUUUUUUUAUUCCUCUUUUUUUAUUAUUUAAGUGUACUCAUAUUUUCAAUGUAUUCUUAUGCUAGACAUUGUAGAGCUCUUUGUUCCACUCCAAUGGCAUUUGUGUUUCUCUCGCUCUCUCUCUGCUUGCUGUAUGAUAGUGUAUUCUAGUUGUAAGCCAAACUGUCGUGUCAAAGAUUGUUCUAUAUUAAAAUUAUUAUUUUUUAAGAAAAAUACAUUUAUUGUGAAUAAAGUACAAGACCAUG